AUGGCAGCCUGCUCCUCUCAAGAGAACUUUAAUGCCACCUCAUACGAUGCCAUGGCUUUUGUCAUCAUCACACUUCAGACACUUGCUGGCACGUGGAUAAAUGGCUUCAUUGUUUGUGUGCUCUGUGUUUCUUGGGUGAAAAAGAAGGUUUUUAACUCGAAUGAGAAGAUCUUGCUGCUUCUGGGAUGCCUCAGAAUUGGGGAUUUGUGCAUCACAUGGCUGUAUAUGUUUUUUGCAGCAGUCUAUCCCCACUGCUUCUAUGUUCUCCCCAUACCACAAAUGUUUUCUGCCACUCGAAUAUUUUGUAAUUCUUCAAACAUGUGGGUUUCUGCCUCUCUUUGUGUUUUUUACUGUCUAAAGAUUGCAAAUUUCCAGCACACCUUCUUCAUCUACCUGAAAGCAAAAAUCGACAGGAUUGUGCCAUGGCUGUUUUUGGUUUCAGUGCUUCUGUCCCUGGUUAUGAGCAUCCUUUCCUACAACAUCAUCUACAUGAACACCAAUGCCACAACCUCAGCAAAUUUGUGGAAACUGAGUAUCAGAAUGGAAGAACAUUUAUUUCCCACUUAUUUUUUCAUUGGCCUCAUCUUAACAGCUGCAUUCACAGCAGCCAUCUUUUCUGCUCUUCUCCUUCUCUUUUCUCUCUGCAGACACAAGCGAAGGAUGCAGACAAACUCAAUGAGAAACCUCAGCAUGGAUGCCCAUAUCAAAGCCAUCAAAUCUAUCCUGUCCUUCAUCUUCCUUUACAGCAUCAACUACAUAGGAACCGGCUUGGCACUGAUAUGUGCCAAUAAGAUGGGAUAUCUUCCAACUUUUUUCAUCUCAAUAUUUCAGUAUGCUCUUGCAGUUCUUCACUCCCUUAUUCUGAUUUUCAGCAAUACCAACCUGGAAAAGGCAUUUCUAAGAACUCUGCCAUGUGUGAAGUGGAGGUUUCAUUAGGGAUAGGAGCUGUGAUAAGUGCUGGGGAC